CUUAUAUUGAUCUUCUUAUUAUUUAUCUUACAACUCAUAAAAAUUCUGAUGAAUGUAAAGAUAGAAAAUAUUUACAUGAAAUAAAUUUAGCAGAACAAGAAUGGAAUUUAUUAAAAUAUCUUAUACAAGUUUUUAGACUAUUUGCAGAAGCUACUCAAUAUUUAGGUAGUAUAUACUAUUCAACAUAUAGCUUUAUAUAUCAUGUAAUUGAAAAAUUAAAAGAAAUGUUUAAACUAACAAUUGUUGAAAUAGAUGAAUUAGAUAAUGAAGAUGAGGAAGAUGUAUUUGAUUAUGAAGAAGAAGACCAAACUAAAUGCGAAGAUUCAGAAAAUAAUAAUAAAAUAAAUAAUUGUACAACCAAUGAUAAUUUAUUAUAUACACCUUGUUUACUGAAAUCAUUAGAAAAAGAUGAUUUUCAAGUAGCCAAUGAAAUUGAAGAAUAUUUUAUAAUACUAAAAAUUAGUUUACAAAAAGACCCUUUAAUAUGGUGA